CACAGAGAACAAAGUUCCCCCAUCUCAUGAGCGAAUGUGAUGGCAUGGUUGAUUUUCUGUGCGCCAUCAAAGGCGCGAGCUGGAAUUGAGUAACUCGAGCUGUACAAGCAAGACUCUGCAUUCACAUAGAGUCACUUUGAUGGGCUCUUCUCUUGGGUCAGCGCCAGCAGCUACUUUAUUCGUCUCCCGUUUACUCAAGUGUAUCCAUACAAGGAGCGAAGAAAGUGUCGUCCACGCGUCACCACUGGAGGUAAACUGUGUAUUUUGAGUGGUGGGGAUUAGUCUUUUGUCUUGUGAAAGAGAUUUCGUGUCGGCAGUUUCUUGGCUCUUCGGUUGCAUCUACCAGAGAUAAAACAAUACUCAUGCCACGCGCGUUUGGAUCCGCGUUGGUGAUGCCAUGCCUCGCAACCACAGCGGAGAUGAGGCCGGCUCCGGCCUCUGGAUGAACACCUCUCCGGGGCAAAACGCCGAAAGUUACGGAUUGCAUAAUGUGGAAUGUGGUAAUAAUACGAUGAAGAACAAUUCCUCACGGGCAGGGGACGGCCUGUUGUCCGCAUCUCAUGCCGGCACAGGUACAGCGGGCACGGAGAGAGACCGGGGGAAACAGGGCGCUCGGUUGAGUCUGCUCGGGAAGCCUCUGGUGUACGGUGCGCAAAGCGGCCGAAGAAACGCGCGCUACCGGAGGAUUCAGAACUACCUGUACAACGUGCUGGAGAGACCUAGAUCCUGGGCUUUCAUCUAUCACGCUUUUGUGUUUGUCCUGGUUUUCGGCUGCUUGGUGCUGUCUGUCUUCUCCACCAUUCCAGAUCACCAGGAAAUGGCCUCUCAAAGUCUCUUCAUCCUGGAGUUUGUGAUGAUCAUUGUGUUUGGGCUGGAAUACAUAAUUCGGAUCUGGUCCGCUGGUUGCUGUUGCCGAUACAGAGGAUGGCAGGGGCGACUUCGCUUCGCAAGGAAGCCAUUUUGUGUCAUAGACAUUAUAGUGCUGAUUGCUUCUGUUGCCGUUGUUUCGGCGGGAAGCCAAAGCAACAUCUUUGCAACAUCUGCACUGCGAAGCUUACGUUUUUUACAGAUCCUGCGAAUGGUACGCAUGGACCGCCGUGGAGGCACUUGGAAGCUUCUGGGAUCUGUAGUUUAUGCACACAGCAAAGAAUUGGUCACAGCCUGGUACAUUGGGUUCCUUGUGCUAAUCUUUUCCUCUUUCCUGGUCUAUCUGGUGGAGAAAGAGUUCAAUAAAGACUUUGCCACCUAUGCUGAUGCAUUAUGGUGGGGCACGAUCACCCUCACUACGAUUGGUUAUGGAGAUAAGACUCCUAAAACCUGGACUGGACGAAUGCUCUCUGCUGGUUUCGCCCUGCUCGGGAUUUCUUUCUUCACUCUGCCUGCGGGUAUUCUUGGCUCAGGUUUUGCUCUGAAGGUACAAGAACAGCACAGACAGAAGCACUUUGAGAAGAGAAGGAACCCUGCUGCCUGCCUCAUACAGUGUGUGUGGCGUAGCUAUGCGGCUGAUGAGAACUCGGUUUCCGUUGCUACCUGGAAGCCUCAUUUGAAGGCGUUGCAUACCUGCAGUCCUACAAAGAAGGACCAAGGCGAGUCAACUACAAGUCAGAAGCUGAGUUUUAAGGACCGGGUAAGGAUGGCAAGCCCACGUGGACAGAGCAUUAAAAGCAGACAGACAUCUGUUACAGACAGACGAUCCCCUGGAGCCGAGAUCAGCACUGAUGGAUCGAGUCCCGCCAAGGUCCAGAAGAGUUGGAGCUUUAACGACCGCACCCGAUUCAGACCCUCCCUCCGUCUCAAGAGCCAAUCACGGUCCACCCCUGAAGGUGAAGCUAACACUGGUGUCGAUGAUGGUUUUGAUGAGAAAGGGUGUCAUUGUGACAUGUCAGCAGAUGAUCUGCCAUCCGCAUUAAAGUCCGUCAUUAGAGCCGUGAGAAUCAUGAAAUUCCAUGUGGCAAAGAAGAAGUUUAAGGAAACCCUACGCCCUUAUGAUGUGAAGGAUGUAAUAGAGCAAUAUUCAGCCGGUCACCUGGACAUGCUUUGUCGAAUUAAGAGUUUGCAGACCAGGGUUGAUCAGAUUCUUGGUAGGGGGCAGAUGGCUAUGGAUAAGAAGAUCAGGGAGAAGCUGUUGUCUGACGGAGACAUACUGGAAGACGUGAGCAUGUUGGGAAGGGUGUGUAAGGUAGAGAGACAGGUACAGUCUAUCGAAUCAAAGCUGGACUCUUUGCUGGACAUCUACCGCCAGGUUCUGCAUAAGAAUUCAUCGUCUGCCCUCACUCUCUCGUCUCUUCCUCCCUUUGGAAUGGAGGAGACAUCAGACUAUCAAAGCAUCAUCCUUAGUAAGGAUCUCUCUUGCUCUUCCCAGGUCAGCCAGUCCAUCAGCAGCAAUCACCCCAGAGCCCUCCAACUCAUAUUAGCCCCCAGUGAACUCAACCUCAACCAGAACAACUCCACAACAUCUUCUCCUGGGCUCAAUCCAGCCUCUGUAUCACCUUUUAACCCAUCCACUUUUCAGGUUCCUUCAACCCCAUCCAUGGAGUGUCCAUCAGCACAAGAGAGUCCAUCUCAGAUCCUUAGCACCAACAGCCUUCACUCUACUGGGGUUCACUUUCCUUGUGUUGGUCAACUCCCUCCGCCUCCUCCAUCCAUAUCAUCUUUUAAACAUCAGCUCUCCACUGUACCUUCUCAACCAGGCCUGAACCGCAGCAUUGGACCCUGUAGGUCAGACCCAGCUGACUAUGCCCAGUCUUGCUUUAGAGGUGUUGGUCUAGACUUUGGGCUGAACUCUAGUAUGAGCUGCAAGCUUCAGCAGAGAAGCAGACCCAGUGCUAAAGAGGAUAGUUCUUGGAGGAGACAUGUAAGUCUGGAUGCAGAGAUAGAGAUGGACCCACUGUCUGCAGUCUCUCCUCUUGCACCAGUUCAAGCCCAAUGCAGUGGUGAUAGAGGACUAGGGCAGUCUCUCUCAGUUCUGGACCUUAUGCAGCCAGUUCUGGAGGGUCUGGAUGUGGACAGACAUUCUAGUCAGGCUAGUUUCUCCACCAGUGUUAGCAGCAGCCAGGACUCCUCAACUGGGGGCAUUGAGAUGGGGGUGAGGGGUUGGGGAGAAGCUGAUCUCUUCAUCAGUGAUGGAGACCUGGAGAAUUCUACUAAGAUGCUUACUCAAGGGUUCAGCUUUCUUUCCCAGCCCACCAUUGAUGCAUCCUUACCUUCUGAGCUGCUUAGAACAAGUACUACAGCUGGUGCAAGCCAAACCAUAGCAAGUGGACAUACACCCAAUACGGUCAGCAAUGAGUCUAUCAGUAUGCCGCAUGUUCGGCUAAAAUAACGCAAUACAACGUGUUACAAACUCUCAGAAAAUGCCUCUGAUGAAAUGAAACUUUGAAAUGAAAGCUUAUUUUAUUGUAGAGGUUUUUGUAUUUUUCUUGAGGUCAAACAAUAUUUGAAACAUAAUGGGGAAAAGGGACAAAUUUUCCUCUUUCUAUUUUUUUUAUAAUUGAUCUGUUAGUUUGGUUUAUUUAAAACAAGCGGUUCAUUUUCGUAUAGCUCACCGUACAUGACAUAUCAUUGCAUGCAUUGUUCUAUUUCAAAUGUACUGUAUCAUUAAUUAACACAAAUGUACGGAAUGAGAUAUAAUGUGCAACAUUUAUAAGUCUGACAUGGCAUGAAUUUUGAGUUGGACUGCAUGAACAUUGCAUGUUUCCAGCGCACAGACACCUCAAUCAGCAAAAGCCCUGUCCCAAAAUUCACAUCAUGACUAAAAAUGAAAAAAGUGUCAUAACAACAGAGAGCAGAAAUAUUUUGCACCUUCUGACUUUAUCAUGUUUUAAUAAAAGGUGGUUUACUUUUCUAAUGUAAAAAAAAAAUGUGCCAGAUACUUUAAAGGAAUUUGCUGCUGCUGAAAAUUGUACAGUUUUGGUAAUGCAAAUUAAAUGUUGGGAAGAGCACCUCAUAGUUGCCAUUCUACAUCAGUAGCUGUUUUUUUUUUAAAACAAAAGGAAUGAUUCACCUUAAAAUGAACAUUUUGUCAUAAUUUACUCAGCCUUGGGAUGGUCCAAACCCAUAUUACUAUUUUUCUGCAGAACACAAAGGAGAUAAUUUAAUGAUAAAUUAAUCCAGUCCUGUUGGUUGAAUUCAAUAAUAAAAAAAAAAAAAAUCUUAAAAUUAAAAUCAAAUCAUUGAUAAACUCUCUAAGCUGAAUCCAAUAUGGCGUUGAAUACCAAACUUCAUUGGUUCUUUGAUGUCUUGUGACCAAGCAUCAUGACAUCACAUUGAAUUCAGCACUGUUAAAUAGUUUAGCAAUGAUUUGAGAGUGAAAAAUGACUUACAUUUCAGUCUGUUCAUCAUUUACAAAGUGAUCGUAUGCCUUCAGAAGACUGGGAAUAUAAUGCAUGAACUACUUACUGUAUAUGACAGUUUUGGAUGCUUUAUUAAGUUUUAAAAUGAGUCAUUGUCUACUGCCAUUGUAUUGAAUUAAUUCAACAUUCUGAGCAUUACAAUCUUUGGUUUCGUAAGAAUUCUUAAAUAUAAAUCACAAAUACAUGUAAUGACUUUUUGUAUUGUAUUAAGUAAUUUGAGUGUGUUAAAGGGAUAGUUCACCAAAAAUUUAAAUUCUCAUGAUUUUUUCACCCUCCUGGUAUCCCAGAUGUGUAUGACUUUCUUUCUUCUGCAGAACACAAAUUAAGAUAUU